ACCCUAUUCUGUGAGCUAAACAAAGUCAUAAGCUGGCAUCAUCUUAAGGGGCUCAGCCACCAUGUGGGCAAGAUUUGCUUAUGGCAGAAGUAACACCGCUCCCGAGACAGGGUUCUAUCGCUGUCUGUUAUUUUCCUAGGACUGCUGUAAUAAAUCUCCACAAACAGAAUGGCUUUAAAAUAGCACAAAUGUAUUCUCUUACAAUUGCAAGUGUCGGAAAUCUGGAAUGGGUUUCCUUGGGCCACAAGCAAGAAACACUAAUGUGUAGGCAAGAAUACUGGAUUCAUUUUUCUUCUUUUGCUCUCCGAUUGAGUCUCAUGAUUCCCAUUUUUCGUAGCACAAAUAUUAUAUAUGAGAUUGUCCUGGUUUAUGCGUAUGUGUCCCAAAAGUUCAUAAUAUAUUUUCAGUAGCAUUAAAUAUGUUUUGAAAUAUCAAGGUAAAAAAAUAUAUGCAGCAGAGCUGCACUCCUUCUGGAGGCUCUGGGGGUGAGGGUGGAUCUCUUUCCUUGCCUCUUCUAUCUUCUAGAGGCUGCCUGCAGGCCUCAUCCUGUCUUCCAUCCUCAAAGCCAGCUGCAUGGCCAAAUUCAAAUUUCUCUUUCUGACUCAGACCCUCCUGCUUCGCUCUUACAAGGACUCUGAUGAAUAUAUAAGGCUGACCUGAGUAAUGCAGGAUAAUCUCCCUUCCCCAGAUCCUUAACUUAAUCACAUCUCUUUUCUCUUGUCAUUUAACAUGUUCACAAGUACCAGGGAAUAGAACGCAGACAUCUUUGGGGCCCCACCACACCAUCAGGGACCCAGAAUUCUCCAACCUGAUGGCUGAACCUGGGACAUUUCAUGAAUUAAUCCUCUGGCCCUAAUACAGGCCACUGAGCUUGUUAGAUUUUCAGGUGGGAAGAUUAAGGCCAGGUGGGAAUGGGGGCUUGCCUAGAAUAUUCUUUCCAAUUUAAGUAUCUUGAAUACACCUGAUUUUACCAAUAAGCACCCACUUAUAACAUGCAUUAUAUGAUUAAUAGGCCAUAAUUUCACCAAUGAUAACCUACCUGUGACAUUCUAUAUGCUGCAUAGCAGACCCUGUGGUGUAGAUUGAGAUUUGGAGAGCUGAAGUGCUUGUGGUUGCAUCCUGAGAUUGCUAUGCCACCUGACCACCCAGGGGGAUGCCAAGGAGUAUGCCUGCUGGCUCUCCCUGUGGGUGCUGUGGCAUUUAAAAAUAAACCAAAGACCUCUAAACAAGGAAGCUACAAAGCCAGGGUUGGGGAGGAAGCAAGAAACCCUUAGGUUCUGCAUCAGGGGUCUUUAAAAAGAACAGGUGAGUUAGAGGCACUGUGUGCUGGUCAGUGUGCAUGUUCUCACCUAAUCCAACUACACAGUUGUACUCCGCACCAAGGGAUGAAGAGACUGAAGUGAGGGUGACCAGCCCAAGUUCACACAGUAGAUGGCAGGGCCAGGGGCAGCUCAGCUCAGGCUGCUGGUCCAUGUUUCUCGGGGAGCUGCCAAGCUUGUCCCUCCACCCAGCCUUUCCUUGCUGAACCUCCUCUGCUGAGGUUCCCAGUGUCCGUGGGGGCACCUAUCCAACCAGCCCCCUACAGGCCUGUCUUAGGUGUGUGGCAGGACCUUGGACAGACACAACCUGUCCGAGCACCAUUUUCUCAUCUUGAUGCUGAGAACUGCUCCCAGUCAGAGACUUGGAAUAUUGAAUCCAGGCCAGCAAAGAGAGCUGCUGCUUUGUAAUUUGUUUCACUGAAGAAAUAUUUGCUGCAUGUCUAUUAGGUAACUCUAGGCUUAGUGGAUAAAGUUAUCGAACAAAAAUAUAAUAGAAUACUGUUGCUGAACUAAGUAAAAACAUGAAAUUGUAGAUAAAAAGAUAUAGUUUAUCCUGGAAAGAAAAAAAUGAAAACUCGAUAUAAGCAUAGUUGACAUUAAUACAUGUCUAGACUAAGUGAAUAUCAGGGAGAAAGAAAAAUUCAUGGUCAUAAAAUGGAAAUCUCAUACAAGGGGAAAAUAUGGCACCAGAGGUCUCAUGCUGCCUUUAGGACUCAGGAAUUUACCAGAAUCCCCUUUACGUGUAGCACAUGUGCAUUCUUCCUGCAGAACAGGCUGAAUUGGGAAUAGCCUUUAAAGACUGUCUGUUAUUUUCCUAGGCCAUUUUGAAGAAUGGUCGAGUCAUUUCUAUCAACUGACACAUUUUUUAAAAAGAUUGCAUUUAUUUAUUCAUGAGACACAGAGAGAGAGAGUCAGAGACACAGGCAGAGGGAGAAGCAGGUUCCAUGCAGGGAGCCCGAUGCGGAACUCGAUCUCGGGACCCAAGGUCACACCAUGAACUGAGACGCUCAACCACUGAGCCACCCAGGCGCCCCUAUCAACUGACACAUUUCAAAAUUCAAAUGUCAAAAUUUGACAAUUUUACAGAGUCCAGGACUUCAGUAGGAUUGAGUUGAGCCCCAGUAGUGAAGCCGGCCCUGCUCAUUGCCACCUCUGAGUGGUUUGUGAAAUCUGCUUAGGGAGUUGCAAUCAGUAUUUAUUAGAAAAUGAAAUAAAAGAAGCUAGAGCAGGAUAGAACAUAUUAGGAGCUGUGUAGUAAGGUCAAGUCUUGUGUAGAUUGUGUGUGUUUGUGUGUGUUAUAUUGCUUUUGAAACUUCUUUCACUGCUUAGUUUUGCUGGGCAUGCUCUUCUGAGAAACCGUACACCAGCUAGAAGACAACAAUCUUUGUGUUGAGGUGUAACACGCAUAGAAAGCAGCCGACGCGACACCAUGUGUGCACAGAUGUGAAUGUCACAGGCACACAGGGAGAGGGGGACAAACCCCAACCUUGAAGGGGAACCACUGUCCUGACUCCUAAGUCGUGGCUUGGCCACACUGGUCUUGGCUGGCCUAUCCAGAGUUAUGCUGUAUGUCCCUUGAAUGUGGGCUUCUUUCACUCAACAGCAGGUAGGGAGCCGCAUGUCUCUGUGGAUGGUUUAGCUUCAGUGCUGUCCUGUAGCAGUUCCCAAAACGGGGUUCCCCAGGGCAGCAGCAGCAGCAGCAGCACUGGGAACCGGUCAGGGAUGCAGGUCAGAGGCUACACCAGACCCUCGGGAGGAUUCCAGGGUCUGCUGGAGUUGGAGAACCUCCGGCUGCAGCAUAUUCCUGGCCUCUGUUCUUGAGGGAGAAACUAUUUCUCAUCAGUUUUUUUCCCAAGGGACAAGGGAUGAUGCAUGUUUAUUUCACAUGAAAACUAAUGCCCUGAGCUGGGGUUUUCUUUAUGGCCUCUCUCACCAUCGGCUGCCUCCUGAAUCUGCCCCCCAUCCCCAAGGGACACCCUUGUCACUCAUCCAUGCAGUGUUAGACCUCAGGGUGCACGCCGCCUCCUCCUAGCCCUCUGCCCCAGGCACCGAUGCUCCUGGCCGGGCACCCAGCACCAUCCCCCUGGGAGCACUUCCGCCCCUGCCUGAAUGCUGGAGCACCCAGUCCUGGGCCGUGGCACUUCUCCCAUCACCUUCUGCCUCCCAGUGUCCAAAGCCCACCUGCUUCCCUCAAUCAUUACACCACCUCUCUGCUCAGCACAUCUGCACCAAAUGGUGAAGAGAAUAAAAUCACCAUUCCCAGUUCCUUAUUUACCCACUCCAAAAACCAUUUGUUCCUCAGGGUCAGGUGGUUGAAUAAAUGGCCUCAACAUCCACCCGGACAACAGGUUGUCACCUUGGUCCUGCCUCUAGGUUCUAGUCCAGGCAGGGUGCUAUGAAGGGGUCCGCCAGGGCUCUGGUCCUCCUUGAGCUUAGCGAGACAGAUUGUAAGCAAUAAAACAAACAACCUGUAGAGCAUCCAACAGUGAAGACUUUGGGAAGGAGACAGAGGCAGGGAGGCAGGCCACUGCGGAGGGGGCAUCUGGACUGAGACCCGAGUGAAGGAAGAGACCCUCUAAGAAAACGCAGGAGGGGCAGAGAGGAUUUAGGCAGAGGAAGGGUAAGUGCCCAGGCCCUGCGGCAGGACUAGGACCUUCAGGGAUGUCUGGAGGAGUGAUGAGAGGGCCUAGGAGUUGGGCUGACUGAGAAGCCCUGAGAAGGUUUCUUCUUUCUCUUGGCCUGCUGCCCCUGCUCCACGCUCUGCCCCAAGCCUGCCUGGAUCCAGCAGGAUCUCACUUCCAGAGCUGCAGGUGUGCAGUUGUGCAGUGUCUAAGGCUGGUUGCCAAGCUGGGUGCCGGUGGAGGGUUGCUUCUCUACACUUGCACGAGCUGGCACUGAGGAACGCCCUGCGCUACUUCCCCCCGGAUGUCCAUGAGCUACUGGCCCCUGAGUUUGCCCAGGAGCUGCGACUAUAUGGGCAUAUCUACAUGUACCGGUUCUGCCCUGAUGUCAAAAUAAGGGCCUACCCAAUCGAGCAGUACCCCUGCCAGACAAGAGCCGCUGCAGCCAUCAUGCACAUGAUUAUGAACAACCUGGAUCCUGCCGUGGCCCAGUUUCCACAGGAGCUCGUGACCUAUGGAGGAAAUGGUCAGGUGUUCAGCAACUGGGCUCAGUUCUGGCUUGUGAUGUCCUACUUGUCGCAGAUGACAGAGGAGCAGACCCUGGUCAUGUAUAGUGGACACCCACUGGGCCUCUUCCCGAGCAGCCCCGGGGCCCCCAGGCUGGUCAUCACCAAUGGGAUGGUGAUUCCCAACUACUCCUCCAGAGCCGAGUAUGAGAAGCUCUUUGCCAUGGGAGUUACAAUGUACGGCCAGAUGACAGCAGGCAGCUACUGCUACAUUGGUCCCCAGGGAAUCGUCCACGGCACAGUGCUCACCUUGUUGAAUGCCGGCAGACGGUACCUGGGUGUCAAGGAUCUCACUGGGAAGGUCUUCGUCACCUCUGGGCUGGGCGGAAUGAGUGGUGCUCAGGCCAAAGCCGCGGUCAUCGUGGGGUGCAUCGGUGUGAUAGCAGAGGUGGACAAAGCCGCCCUCAUGAAACGCCACGAGCAAGGAUGGCUGAUGGAAGUAACGGACAGCUUGGACCACUGCAUUGAGAGACUCAGAGAAGCAAGAAAAAGGAAGGAGGUGCUCAGCCUUGGUUACCAUGGCAAUGUGGUGGAUCUUUGGGAGCGCCUAGUCCACGAAUUGGACACCACGGGGGAGCUCUUGGUGGACCUUGGAUCGGACCAGACAUCCUGCCACAACCCAUUCAAUGGUGGUUACUACCCUGUACAGCUGGGCUUCACAGAGGCCCAGAGCCUCAUGGCCUCCGACCCUGCUGCAUUCAAACACCUAGUCCAGGAAAGCCUGAGGAGGCAAGUCUCAGCCAUCAACAGACUGGCCAAGGAGAACUUCUUCUUUUGGGACUAUGGCAAUGCCUUCCUCUUGGAAGCCCAAAGAGCAGGAGCUGACGUGGAGAAGAAAGGCACCAACAAGACAGGAUUCCGCUACCCCUCCUACGUGCAGCACAUCAUGGGGGACAUAUUCUCCCUGGGAUUUGGGCCUUUCCGCUGGGUCUGCACAUCAGGGGACCCCCAGGACCUGGCAGUGACAGACCAGCUGGCCGCGUCUGUGCUGGAGGGGGCGGUCGCCGAUGGAGUGAACCCAGGCGUGAAGCUGCAGUAUGCAGACAACAUCCGCUGGAUCCGGGAAGCCGCCAAGCACCGGCUGGUGGUGGGGUCCCAGGCAAGGAUAUUGUACUCAGACCAAAAAGGCCGUGUGGCCAUCGCUGUGGCCUUCAACCAAGCCAUCGCUCGUGGGAAGAUCAAGGCACCAGUGGUCCUGAGCCGAGACCACCAUGACGUGAGUGGCACAGAUAGCCCCUUUAGGGAGACCUCCAACAUUUAUGAUGGCUCUGCCUUCUGUGCAGACAUGGCUGUGCAGAACUUCGUCGGAGAUGCCUUUCGAGGUGCCACCUGGGUCGCUCUUCAUAAUGGCGGGGGUGUCGGCUGGGGGGAGGUGAUCAAUGGAGGAUUUGGCCUUGUGUUGGACGGGACCCAGGAGGCUGAGCAGAAGGCCAAGAUGAUGCUCAGCUGGGAUGUCUCCAAUGGAGUGGCUCGGCGCUGUUGGUCUGGGAACCAGAAGGCCUACGAGAUCAUCCGCCAGACGAUGCAGGAUGACAAGGGCCUGGUGGUGACCCUCCCGCAUGAGGUGGCAGAUGAGCGUGUGCUCUCACAGGCCCUGCGGCCCUGAGAUCCUUGGAUCCCUUGUCCCCCCUUCAUCCCUAUCCCCACCUCACAGCCACACCGCACCUGUCACUAUACACCCUGGUGUCCUGGCUUCGUGGUUUCACACAUGAGCCCUCAUCUGGCCUCACAACACCCUGGAGGGUGUGCCGCUACCAUGGGCAUUUUAUUUUACAAAUGAGCCAGCAGAGACCAGAAGAGAUGGGACUGUUUGUCCCUGACCUCUGGGAACCCUGGAGGGGCAGCGAAAGACUUAUCCAGGCCCAAAUCCUCCAGCCCACCACAGAGUUGACUCCAGCAUCUUCUGGGGGGGGGGGUGUAUGCCCCAAAUACUGGGCAUCAAUCAAGUCCCUUCAAAGCCCCUGCCAUUCCUUCUCCCACCAGGGGAGCAGGGUUUCCUUUGGCCUGGUUUUUAGCAACCACUCUGCCUCCUGUCUGCCUUCCAACCACACAUAAAGUUGCUUUUCGGUCUGCU